UGUAUUUCUAUCAAGAAGUACCCCAACAGCAUGUUCAACAAAGCAUUCCUUAUAUCUAUGGACAAUGGCCAAGAAGUUGUAGCUAAGGUGCCUAACCUAAAUACUAGUAUCCCACACUUUACUACAGCCAGUGAAGUUGCUACUAUAGACUUUAUAUAUUUAUCUUAA